AUGAAUCAGUUAUUGCAACAGAUUCACAAUUUGUUGAAAAAAAUCAAAACGAUUCGAAGAAGCUACAACAAGUGUUUUGAUUUUUUCCAACAGAUUGUGAAUUUGUUGCCACAACUGAUUCACUUUCUGCUUUAUACACCGUUGCAAUCAGCUUUAAUCGAUUGUGAAUCUGUUGCAACAAGUGAUUCACUUUCUGCAACACUUGUUGCAACAAGUUAUAUACCUGUUGCAACACCUGAAGAUGGGCAAGAAACAGAACAAGACAAACAAGAAGAUGAAGGAAAUGAUGAUGGAACUGAAGGAGAUGAAGAUGACGAAAAAGAUGAAGAAAAUGAAAAAGAUAAAGAAAAUGAACAAACUGAAAAGGAUGAUGAAGAAGAUGAAGAAGAAAAUAAGAUCACUUAUUCCAAAUCUGUUGGUAAUAAUCAAAUAGCUGCUACAGAUGUCGCAACAGAUUUUCCAUCUGUUGCAACAGAUUAA